AUGCCCCAUUCUUUUCGUCCGAGAGACGAACCACUGCCCAGCUUACCAGUACCCGACCUGGAGAUCACUAUUCAGAAGUAUCUACAACAGGUCGAGGCGGUAGCUCCGAAUCAUCUGGAGAGGGCACGCGUCCUGGCGAAGGCCUUCCUGGCCGGACCUGGACCCAAGCUUCAGCAGCGUCUUCUGGAGCGUAGACAGAGAACAACAAACUGGGCGACUGACUGGUGGCUCAAUGACAUGUAUCUGUCGGUUCCUCUGGCGCUGCCAAUUAACAGCAAUCCCGGAUUGGCAGCGAGACCUAAGCAAUUCGCCAAUCAGCGUGAAGCUGCUGUUUUUCUUGCGCGAUUUUUGACGGAAUUGCUCAACUAUCAGGAAUCGCUGGACAGAUCCGAACUGGAGGUGGAGCGAGUCAAGUCCAAGGAUGGCAAGUCCCUGCAGCCACUGUGCAUGGCUCAGCACUAUCAGGUCCUGCGUAUCUAUCGGCGACCAGGAAAGGAAGUCGACACUCAGAUCGUGCUGGACAGAGUCUCCUCCGGCAACCACAUAAUCGUCGCUCAUCACAACCAGUUUUACAGCAUCCCGGUAAGAGCCUCGGACAGAGGACGUGUAACGGAAGCGGAACUGACCCAGCAGAUCUUAAAGAUCAUGGAGAUACAAGCCGACCCCAGAACUCCACCAGUAGGCAUCCUGACCACAGCGCGAAGACCAGUCUGGGCCCAGGCUCGCGAGGAGUUGCUCAAAGACGAUCAAAAUCGGCACAACAUCGAGCUCCUCGAGAGAUGUCUCUGCGUCGUCUGCAUCGACGACGACGUCCUACCUGGCACCUUCAACAAUCCUCUUAGGCGCGACGACCGGUGGAUCGGCAAUCGGGACUACGCAAACGUGCUUCAUCAUGCUCUUCACGGCGGCGGCUCCAGACAUCUAGGUGCCAAUCGAUGGUUCGACAAGACCUUCCACGCGAUCCUGGGCAAGGACGGCAUGUGGGGCCUGACCUAUGAGCAUUCGGCUGGCGAAGCACCAGCCGUUUUUACGGCGUUCGAGGAACUCACGGAGAAGGUGGACGCGAUGCCGCCUCCAGACGGAAACCUCAUUCCGUCGCACUUGCCGGCACCGGAGAAAUUGGAAUGGCACCUGUCCGAACAGAGUCUCAGCGACAUCAGAGACGCCAUGACAACCUUCGACGCGCUGGUGGAGGAUCUGGACCUGUGCAUUCUAUGGUUUGAGGAAUACUCCAAAGAGUUCGUAAAGUCCUGCAACAUCAGUCCCGACGUCUACGUGCAACUGGCACUGCAGCUCACGUACUUCAGAUUGCAUGGACAGUUGGUGGCGACGUACGAAAGCGCGGGAAUAAGAAGAUUCGCCCUGGGUCGGGUAGACUGUAUAAGAGCCGCGAGCCCGGAAGCUCUGGCUUGGGUGAAAGCCAUGUGCCAGGGUGACCCCGAGUCUCAGCCGACGAGUCAGCAGAGCGCGGACCAAGAGGAAGGCUCCAAAAGAGAGGAGAAGAUCAAGGAACUGUUCGAUCUGGCUGUGGAACGACAGUCCAAGGAGAUGAUGGACAACAUCAUGGGUCAGGGUAUCGAUAAUCAUCUGAUGGGACUGCGCUACGCUGCCAAGGAAGCUGGUGAACCUGUCCCGGAUAUCUUUGCCGACGAGGCUUAUAAAAUCGUCAAUCACUUCGCCCUGUCCACCUCCCAGGUAACAACGAGGAAUGACGUAAUCGCUGGUUACGGCCCAGUCGUUCCGGACGGAUAUGGCUGCGCUUACAAUCUACGAAAAAAUGGCUUCAUAUUCUCCGUCUCGGCGUUUCACAGCGACGGCUGUACGAACGCCAUGCGAUUCGCGCAAACGCUCGAGCACAGUAUGCAGGCGAUGGCGGCUAUGUUGAAAAAUACGAAACAGUGAUGGUCACGAGGAACGCGCAGAGGAACGUAGCAGAGUAAAAGGGAAUUCAGGUGCUGUUGAAAGUGAGAGAACGUCCAAGUAGGAUCAGACAGAAGAUAUGUAUGCAUGCAUAAUACAUCCCAAGCGAGAAUACUCAUCCAAGGGAGAUAGAGAUGUCUGUCUUGUCCGUUAGCCAGGAAACGGAAGUCCAUAUCGAUGAAAGUAUUUAUCCUAGUAUCGAAUAGCUAUAAAGAGAAUUUAUGUAUACACUAAACAUUACACAGAAGAGACAUUUACAUUCAGUCACGAAGCAAAUGUAGACAUUUGAUCGGAACGUGACGUUUUUCACCGCACGUGUGAGAAAUCAACUUUGUAACGGUGUGUACACACUCGACACUCGUCUCAACACACUAAAGAAAAACACAUACUUUAAGAAAUAUUCACAGCGAUGCGACGAAGUAAUUGUAGUCGCUGCGUGUAGUAGGCAAUAUAAUAGAUUUGAUCGGUGGUCGUGUACUUUAGCCUGUACCGUGUCUCCCGAGAGUCCGUUCAAUCUGGAAGAAGCUAUGGCGAUCUUGUUGUAAGAAAAAUAUGAAAAAUAUGAAAAAAUUAUAGAUUCUACCAGAUCACAUGGACUCCCGUCUGUCGCAGCAGCAUUAUAAGUGUAGCCAGUCGAUUUCGGAUUGGCGCCCGCACAGUAAACUCUUGUCCAAUUCUUAGGUAGGUCGACUAAUCGGACCAAGUGAAGGUUUCCGAUCGGCGACAUUAGCAUCUAUCUGUCUAAUCUGUCUAUCGCCUAUUUCUCUAAUCCCCUGAUCAUCCCAACUUCACAACCUUUUUCAACGAACCUUCAAAAUAUAGUCAAUCGCGCACCCCGCUUAAAGUCACAGCGCUUGCAGCCAGCACGAUUCAAAUUGUAAAAGUGAAUAGUCGCAAAAAAUCAUAGAGGUCUACUUACCCACAGUCAUACAUGAGCAAUCUUGAUAAUUCGGCAAUCCUUCUUAGAUAACAAUUCCUAUCCAGAUCGUUGUUAUUCAUUGUGCAUUAUCUCGUUCACACUUUUAUCAAAGUUACUUUAUUAACGUUUAGCUGCGUUUAAAUGCUCACUUGCGAGAUACGAGAGAGCGACGUUGUGUUUCGUUAUUGUUACAGAUAUAUUAUAUAGGUAUAUAUGAAAGUAAUUAUAUAAAUAUAUAGAUGUACAGACGUACACAAGCAUAAAAACGAUAUAUGGAAGUGUCCUAUUCUAGCUUUAAGUGAUGAUGAACGAACUAACCUCCCGGCGAGGUGAAAUGUAUAAUUAUAUCCUAAUGAGAAAUUCAUACAUAUCGCGAAAUAUUGUGAUUGCGCUUUUGCGGCUAAGAAAUAUCACUCGCAUAUCAGGCGGCAGCCAUUUGCAAACUGAAUACAUGUUGUUGUUUAGAGUUACUUCAGUCUUUAUUGCGCGACGUUUCGCGGGUGCCGAACUCUUACAUGACGGUUUCUGAUUCUCUGCCGAAUGUAGACGUGACGUAACAACCAAUCCCGGUCAGAGACAACGUCGCCAUCUUGGAUUUUGAGUUCGCGCGCGCUUAACGUUCGGCGUCGCGUAAGUAAUAAAUGAUUUUUAUUAAGAAAGUUUGGCUUUCUGUUUGUACAGAAAGUAUACAAAGCAUACCUCUGUAAGAAACUCAGCCACGUAACUGCGUCGUAACUAAGUGUACGUUUUUUUCUGUGCGAUGAAAGGAAACAAUAAAGAUAAAUUCGUUGCAAGA